GGCAGCUGGGGGCCAACUGGAAUGAAGCUCAGGUUGCCUUAUGGCCGCCACCAGCCCUGCCAGAGAGGCUGAGGGUGAAAUCCGAAAGUGCGGGGAGAAGGAGGAGAAAAAGGAAGAGAAAGAGGGGUCAGCAGGGCCGGUCUUGAUGGCAGAGGGGGCUCUGAAUCCCUCCGGGGCCCUGCUGUCCCAGAGGAGGAAGGCCCAGGAUGGGGGCCCCCAGGGGGUCAAGUUGGAGUUACACCCACUGCUGAACAGGUGGGCUCUGUGGUUCUUCAAGAAUGACCGCAGCCGAGCCUGGCAGGAUAACCUGCAUCUGGUCACCAAGUUUGACACUGUGGAGGACUUCUGGGCAAUGUACAGUCACAUCCAGCUGGCCAGUAAGCUCUCUUCCGGCUGUGACUACGCCCUGUUCAAGGAUGGCAUUGAGCCCAUGUGGGAGGACAGUAGGAAUAAGAGGGGUGGCCGCUGGCUGGUCAGUCUCGCCAAGCAGCAGCGCCACAGCGAGCUGGACCGCCUGUGGCUGGAGACUCUGCUGUGCCUGAUCGGGGAGAGCUUCGAGGAGCACAGCCGGGAGGUGUGUGGGGCUGUCAUCAACAUCCGAACCAAGGGGGACAAGAUCGCCGUGUGGACGAGGGAGGCAGAGAACCAGGCGGGCGUGCUGCACAUUGGGCAGGUCUACAAAGAGCGUCUGGGCCUCUCCACAAAGAUCGUCAUUGGGUAUCAAGCCCACGCAGACACAGCCACCAAGAGCAACUCCCUAACUAAGAAUAAGUUUGUGGUGUGAUGAGACCUCCAUUCCCCUCCUCUCCAUUCAACUGUCCCUGAGCCUCCCUGCUCUCUCGCGCGCGCUCUCUCUCUCUCUCUCUCUCUGUGUGUGUGUGUGUGUGUGUGUGUGUGUAAGUGUUGCUGGGCUACAGUGCUGAUGCUGGCCAGGACUGGGAGGUAGACAACUGGGUUUUCCCAUGUCCUGGAGUGAAUAUGAUCAUUCUUUGAACUCCCAUGUCCUGGAGUGAAUAGGAGCAUGUCCCUAGGCCUGAGUUGGGGCUCAGGCCUAGGGGACAGCUCUGUGGUCAGGGAGCCAGCCUGAGGACGCAGGAAAGGUGGAGGAAAGCCAUGAGUGUUCUUGUUUCAUCAGAGGGCUGGUUGGGGUGAG